AUGUAAUCACAACAAGAUUCCAGCUACUUCACCGGGCUGUAAUUUCAGUCCGGGCUGAAAUUCUUCAUUUACCGACAAUCAAGGGCCAAAGGGGUGAUUACAUCGUGGACUUCAGCCCGAGAUGAAAUUUCAGCCCCUUUAGAGGACAGCAUUUUUAUAAGAGGGAAUCAUUACCUCUGCGCAUAAUUUUAUUGGCGGGAGGAGAGUGGGUACACAGUAUUCGCAGUUGGCAUACUGAGUUGAGGCGAACUAGUUACCAGGAUCACCCAUUAUUUUUUUUUCUUUCUUUUUUCCCAUCAAAAUCGGUUUUUUUGAAACUGUUAUUUUUCCUGUGUAUUCCACAUCGUAAGGCUAUGAAAACCGAACACCGAGCACCAAUCUGAAAAAAUGUUUUUACAAAUUGAGGUUGGAGGUCCAAGGGUUGAAUCUUCUCCCCUACCGCUAGAUGGAGCUGUGUUCGGUGGUUCCAAAUUAAACUCCACGCUUUGUAAACAGCUAACCGGUCAGUCUCUCGCCAAAUGGGAUUUUUGACAAGUUUCUGUUCCAUUUGAAAUAUUUGUUUGCUGUCAGUUUCAGUGUUCUCAAUUAGUACUGCCGUGCCAAACACUUCGACACUUAACUUAAGUAAACUGAUUCUUACAAAGGAGAACGAUUGCGAAACCUCCACGGUCCGUCGUUGUCAUAAAAACUCGCUGAAGCAGUAGGCAACGCGUUGUGAAAGAAUCUGGAAAGAGGGCAAGCUGAGCGUAAAUUCACCCGUCUCUUUAAAGCCCGGGUGUUGACUCGCGCGGGCUUCGCGUGAACUACUGAACUCGCAACAUACAGAUGGCAAAAAGGAGCCUAAGAUUUUCCUCGGUUUUUGUUUGACAAGUGCAAAACCGUGAUGCAUCGCCUUCUUUUUUGUGUGUUUUGAUUCUUUCCACGCGGGAGGCUCACGAUUCAAUCCGCCAAACAAUGGCGGCUGAUCAUAUGCAUAAGAAAAGAACCACAUUUGACUUUCAAAUUUAACUUCUCGCAUUGUUGCUCGGGCAACGCAAAGCCAGAAGCCGCUGCAAACACAACUUGAAAUAAUAUUUACCGAGCUUUUAACGUGAACAGGAUCCUGCCCUUUGCUUUGAUAUAUAUUACAAACUUCAUUACUUGAAUAUGUCGGACAUAGGAUCGGAAGACUUCGAAGAAGACGAAGGUAUCAAUCUUGGGGAAUAUGAAGGAGAACGAAAUGAAAGUGAAGAACGGCAUGGCUACGGUAAAGCAACGCUACCGAACGGAGACACAUAUGAGGGACAGUACGAGCACGGUAAGCGACACGGCAAUGGAACGUACCGCUUCAAAAACGGCUCCAAAUACGUUGGUGAGUACGUGAAAGGCAAGAAACACGGCCAAGGGACGUUUUGGUACCCAGACGGCUCGCGCUACGAGGGUGGCUGGGUCGAGGAUCGCAGAAACGGCCAUGGAAUUUACUACUACGUGAAUGGCGACACUUACGAAGGGAACUGGUACGAGCAUCAGAGGCACGGUCAAGGAGUGUACACCUACUCGGCGACUGGGACCAAGUACAAAGGAUCAUGGGUACACGGCAAGCGGGAUGGCUCUGGAGAACUGGUUCACUCUAAUCACAGAUACGUAGGAAAUUUCGUUGAUGAUAAUCUUCAAGGCGGCGGUAAAUAUCGAUUUGAUAUCGGCUGCGAGCAGCACGGGGAAUACGUGUUGGAAGAGAGGAUUCAGGAAGGCGAUACUGAAGAGGAUGAGCAACUAACCGUGCUGACAGCCAAGUGGAAGUGUGCUGGUAUCACAGAAAUCGAGCCUGCUAUCAUAGGAUGACUUUCAAAGAAUAAACAUUUUCUGAGUGUAUGAGGCGUCUUCGUAAAUAAAACACGUUUACUCUCCCUAAUUUAAGAAUCGAUCCCUGACAUUUGAAAUGAAACGAGGGAAUUUUCCUUUUGCCUCUGUUUCAAAACGAGUCAGGGCUCGUGUGAAACCAUUCAUACAAAAAUGUGUUUCCCCCGCCCCCCUCCUUCAUGAUCAUUUUCACGCAAACGUCAAUCAAACUGAUCUUCAUGUGAAAGGUUUUGCAAGAGCACUCGCUUUUUGAAACUGAAAGGCACAAUGUAACUCUAAAAUGGCCAGGAGUGAGAUUGUUUGGAAGUGGCCUAUUUUCAAGCCAGUGAAUAAAAAUUUCCUUCAGUCCAUUCUGAUGUGAUUGGC